AUGAGUCUCAUCCUGUCACUCCCAGUUUGGGUGGUGGUUCUGUCUUUGGUUUUGGAAGGCCCAGCCCUGGCCCAGGCAGCCCCACAAAUCUCCAGCACUUUGGAGCUCAUCCUGGAUAAGCUGAAGGAGUUUGGUAAAGCUCUGCACUUGAUCUUAAGCAUCAAGCAGAGCGACAUUCCUUCAAAGACCCAGAACUGGUUUUCCAAGACUUUCAACAAAGGGAAGGAGAGGCUCAAAAUUACUUUCUCCUGAAUACAAUGAGAGUGCCUGCCCCUCUCCUCUGUGGCUGUGCCCUAGGAGGGUGCUCCAAACUUUCCCAUACCCCUGCUCCUGUGCCCAGGACUUGAUGAUACCCAGGU